AUGAUACACCAACCGCACGCCCCCGAGCUCCAACGUGUGAGAGUCCUCACCAGCCUCCUCGACAAGCCAAAGCGAGAACCCCCCAUCCCACCCCAGUCUCGCCGGCCCAGUCCCCCUGCCAGUCCACACUCGCCCCAUGUCCACCCCAACGCGCCAGCUUCAAAUCGCAAACCCGAUCACCCAGCAACCACCCUCAGAGCCUCGCUCAACAGCCCCCCCAACUCACCGCCACCCCGAACCUCUCCGGCCCCUAUCCCUCAGCAAACCCAUCUCCCCGACACUCAACCCGUAAAACCGCGCCAUCGCACCCCCCUCCAUAACAGUCCCACCUCUCCGAUCCCACACACAACGCGACUCUCCUUCGUCCGUUCUUCAAAAAUCCACGCGCCGCCCAACCCUCAUUCCUACACGAUCUCCGCUUUCCUCAUCAUUAACCCGCUCGGCCCAACCCCCUCCAUCGGCGCGGUCGACACCACUCUCCCUCUGGUCUCUUCUCCCACUCCCAACCACCACCCCACUAACACGACCUCCCGACCGUACGCCGUCCAAACUCCGAACCCGAUACGCCUCACCCCGGCCCCCACCCGGCGCCCCGAUAGCGAGAACCCUGGCCCAGCGCCCCAGGAGAACCAAUCCCGUGGCAACCCACGGUACUCGCCCCUUUCCGCCCGCGCGCCCUCCAGCCACCCCCCCUCGCACCCAUGA